CUUCCUGUACCAGGUCCUGCAGAGCGACGAGCUGGACUCCAAGAUGGCAAGCUGCAGCUAUGUAGCCCACGAGCGACUCAGCUAUGCCUUCUCGGUCUGGAGGAUGGAGGGGGCCUGGUCCAUGUCUGCGUCCCACUAGCAGGCGGAGCUCCCCACCCCCUCGGCAGGCCGGAGACCUAGAUGUCAUUGUUUCCAGAGAAGGAGAAAAUGGACAGUCUAGAGAACUCUGGAGCUGGAUAACUAAAAAUAAAUCUAUAUGACAAAGAUUUUCUUGGAAAUUAGAAGAGCAGAGCCCAAAUUCAAAAGAAUCGGGGCGUGGGGCACACUUUUAAAAGAGAAAGCCAGACAGGCCGGUGGACCGAGAUUCCCAGAGAGGCAGCGGCACUACCCUCAUACCUCUGCAUUCUGAUAGAAGUCCGAACCAUUGUUUGUGCCCCCCCCCCGACGAAGAAUGUUUUAUUUUUUUUCAUACAUGUAUGCAUUCUCAAGAGGUCGUGCCAAUCAGCCACUGAGGGGAAAGGCAUCAUUGUGGACUUUCUCCAUUUUAAAAUGGUAACAAUCAGAGGAAUUUUAACAACACCUGUAGAAAUAAAAACAGUGGGAUCAAACUGGCCUACAAAACCAUAGUCAGUGAAUUCCUUUAAAAAAAAAAAAACACACAGAACUUCCUCUGAAGGAAAAGAAAACAUAAAAUACAAAAGACAACAUUCUAUUUAUUUAUUGAUGACCCAUGGUAAAAUGCAAAUAGAUCCGGUGUCUAAAUGCAUUCAUAUUUUUAUGACUGUUUUGUAAAUAUCUUUUGUAUAUUAUUUUUCUGCAAUAAAUAAAUAUGAUUGAAAAAUUUUAA